UCAUUCUGCAACUGAAAAAGCAGAAAAGCAUCUGAGCUCCGAUAACUGAUUCUACAUUAGGAAAUGCCCGUAGAGGUAGAGAAUUGAGGUAAGGUACUUCAAUGGCGAUUGUGUCUUCUCUGCCAGGUCUCAACCUCUUCUCUUCACUCCCAUCAAACCCACCACGAAACGACCCUACAGCAUCUACCUCUCCUCCCCAACCACCCAUACCCAUUCCCAAAUACCCUCCUCCUCUCAAAAAAUCCAAAAAUCCUCAAACUGCGCCUUCCUCCCCAGCCUUCAAGCUCCCCCACCGUCGAACCAAGUACUACAAGCCAGUGAAAGACGGCGUCGUGUCAUCAGAGGGCGACCGCUCAGUCCUCGUUGGUGAGAAUGGUGUCUCCUAUCUCCUUCCAGGGGCUCCGUUCGAGUUCCAGUAUAGCUACUCCGAGACUCCUAAAGUCAAGCCGGUUGCCAUCCGCGAGCCAGCUUUCUUGCCGUUCGCGCCUCCCACGAUGCCAAGACCGUGGACGGGGAAAGCCCCGUUGAAGAAGUCGAAGAAAAAGAUCCCGCUUUUCGGUUCGUUUAAUGUUCCUCCACCUGAUAAAGAAGGGGCGAAGUACGUGGAAGUGGCUGUUGCCUUCCCGUUGCGGAAGUCUCCAGAGGAAGGGAAAUCGAGAAGGGAGAUACUCGGGGAACCCUUGAAGAAAUGGGAAAUUAAAAUGCUUAUUAAGCCUCUCUUGUCUGAUAAUCGCCAGGUUAAUCUCGGGAGGGAUGGACUGACUCAUAAUAUGUUGGAGUUGAUACAUACACAUUGGAAAAGGACGCCUGUGUGUAAAGUUCGUUGUAAGGGCAUUCCGACGGUGGAUAUGGAUAAUGUUUGCCGUCAUUUGGAGGAAAAAACUGGAGGAGUCGUCAUUCAUAGAGUUGGCGGUGUAGUAUUCCUUUUUCGUGGCAGACACUAUGACCAUCGAACUCGUCCACAAUACCCAAUUAUGCUCUGGAAACCAGCAGCUCCUGUUUACCCAAAACUUAUCCAAGAAGCUCCUGAAGGAUUGACAAAAACUGAAGCUGAUGAAUUUCGGAAGAAAGGAAAGAAUCUUUUGCCAAUAUGUAAAUUAGCCAAAAAUGGAGUUUACAUUACCUUGGUGAGAGAUGUUAGGACUGCUUUUGAAGGAAGUCCAUUGGUGAAGAUUGACUGCAAAGGGAUGAAUCCAAGUGAUUACAAGAAGUUGGGUGCUAAGCUUAAGGAACUGGUUCCGUGUGUGCUAUUGUCUUUUGAUGAUGAGCAGAUAUUAAUGUGGAGGGGUCAAAACUGGAAAUCAAUGUACCCAGAAGUUCCUUCAGUUUCAAUUCCUGUUGAAGUUGAUAUUACAAAUGGUUCAGAAUUGUUUCCAUGAUGCUUUUCAGGCAAGCUUAAUGAUGAUUGUAGUAAUCCUGAUGCUAAUAUAGUGAGGUCAAGCCCAAAAAUGAUAUCCCUGUGGAAGCGUGCAAUUGAGGCAAGCAAGGCAAUCUUGCUGGAUGAGAUUAACCUUGGUCCUGAUGAUCUUCUGAGGAAAGUAGAGGAAUUCGAGAACAUUUCACAAGCUACAGAACACUCCUAUCCAGCUGUAAUUUUGUCUAACGAGGAUGGUGCCAAUAAUAUAAUGUCAGCAUUUGAAGAUGGUUCGCCUAGUGAAAGUUUUGUUGAAGAUGGCACACAUUAUGAUGAUGAGUAUGAAGAUGAUGAAUAUUAUGAUAGUGACUCUUUUGAAGAAGUAGAUGCUUCAGUCCCUCUAGGAUCAUUACCUGUUGAUCUGAUAGCAGAAGAACUCGAUCGAGAAGAAUGAAAUUGCUGAUGUUACUGUUACAAGUGGUAGUUACAUUGUCAUGAAAAUCGAAGAGGUUGGUACAGUAUAAAAGAUCAGUAAUAUUUGGAGAAAAAGGUGGUCGGAAGAUUUGAGCUUGUCUAUUUCUGAAGGCUGUACAUGUAAGUUGCUUAAAAGCAGUGAAAUUUCAGCAACUCACUGCCACCAGCAAGUCUACCUAUGGUGUAAAUCUGUAGAGUAAAUGAAAGGACUGUUAUUCUGUUUAUGAUUUUUGCUGUGUCACAGAUAUGUCUUUCCCCAUUGUAAGACAAAGGGAUGAUAAUUGAUUGGACAAUUUUGGA